AUGAGCAUAGGGGUAGUGAACAGCUACACCAUAAUGGAGUUCGUAAAUGACAAGGCCAAGUUUGAUAGCUUCGUGAACGAGUGGUUCACGACGGUGGACGAGAAUGGCGAUGGCAAGCUUUCGUGCGACGCAAUCCGUCGCAGGUUCGGUAUGCUUCUGCCCUUUGGUUCGGAAUCUCCGCCAGUGCAAGAGAGUGAAGAGAUAUUCAAGAGGUUUGAUGAAGAUGGGAAUGGUGCACUCGAUCUGAACGAGUUCAAGUCCUUGAUGACAGAGAUUAUGCAUGCUGUGGCUCGUAGCAUUGGUGGCUCUCCCAUCAUCGUUGUUCUUGGAAAAGAUAGCUUACUCAUGAACGCUGUUCAGCAUGAAUUGGCCACACUCUCUUCUUCUUCGUGA